GCCUCUCGGCUCCCCACUCCCUCGCCCCUCUCAUUCCACCGCCCCCAUCGCCCACUCCCCUCUCUCCUCCCCCGUGACCCUUGACCCCAGCUAAUCUGCAUAGAGGAAUGACAGGCAUCCGCUGGGCAGGAUCCGCCGCGCCGGCUGCGGCCGGCGGGACUGGGAGACCCGCGAAGGGGAGAAGGUGAGGGGACCCCGCGGGCAGCUCCGCACAGACCGGGAAAUGAACGCUUGGAAAUCCCUCUGCGAGCGGACCCAUGAUCCAAGGACCAAAAGAGCCGCGUGAUCGCCGGACCUGGCCCUGCGACCCGAGACAUGGGCCAGACCUCGGUCUCCACGCUGUCCCCACAGCCCAGCAGCGUUGAUGGACUGGACAAAGCUUCUAUAGCAAAUUCAGAUGGCCCAGCAGCAGGUUCCCAAACACCUCCCUUCAAGAGAAAGGGGAAACUCUCCACCAUUGGUAAAAUCUUCAAGCCUUGGAAAUGGAGGAAAAAGAAGACCAGUGACAAAUUUAGAGAAACAUCAGCAGUAUUAGAAAGGAAGAUUUCUACAAGACAAAGUAGAGAGGAGCUGAUAAGAAGGGGAGUUCUUAAGGAAUUGCCUGAUCAAGAUGGAGAUGUAACAGUUAACUUUGAAAAUUCAAACGGGCACAUGAUACCCAUCGGAGAGGAAUCUACCCAAGAGGAAAAUGUAGUAAAAUCUGAAGAAGGUAAUGGCUCUGUAGCCGAAAAACCACCACCUCUGGAGGAAAAGGCAGAAGAUAAGAAAGAGAUCACUGAAAACCACUCUGAAACACCGGCAGCUCCUGCUCCACCUCCUCCAGCUCUUCCUAAGCCUAAAUCCAAACCUAAGCCCCAAAAAACACCAGUGCCUCCAAAAGGGGCCGCUGCUGGGGCCAGCCCCAAGGGUGACGAAGUGCCUCCUAUUAAAAAAAAUACCAAGGCUCCUGGUAAGCAGGCCCCCAUCCCUCCACCCAAGCCAACAAGCCGAAACGCACCCCGAGAGGCUGCUGGUUCCUCUCAUUCAAGAAAAGCAACUGGCUCCAAAGCAUCAGCUUCACCACCUACUUCCUCCACCUCAUCUCGUGCCAAAACUUCCAAGGAGACAGUUUCUAGCAAAACAGGGACAGUGGGAAUCACAAAGGGCAAGAAAAAACCUGGCAAGCAGCCAACGUCUCGACCAUCCUCAGAUGCAACCACUUCUGGCACAUCUGACCUUAAAGGAGAGGCUUUUGAGACCAGGGUGGAGGGUCUCAAACCCGAGCAGCCUGCCCCUGGGACCGAGGAGCUGACCACAGGCAAACCCAAGUCCGCAGUCCCCUCGCCCCCUGUGGCUCCGCCCCCUUCUCCCCCGGCGCCCCCUCUGCCUCUGGAGGAGCAGAGCUUUGUUGCUUCAGACACUCCUGUCGUCCUGGUCAGCAACGGAGCCGACCUGCCCGUCCCUGCCUUAGACCCAAGUCAACUUAUCUGGACUGAAGAGCCGACAAACAGAACCACUGUCCACUCAGGCACCGGCUUAAGUGUUAGCAGAGAAAACGCAAAAUGUUUCACAACCAAAGACGAGCUGGGGAAGGCGGCGCCUCAGCUGUUGACUCCUGGGCUGAUGGGAGAGUCUUCAGAAUCCUUCAGUGCCUCAGAGGACGAAGGCCAAAGGGAAUACCAGGCCAAUGACUCUGACUCUGACGGGCCUAUCCUGUACACCGAUGACGACGAGGACGAGGAUGAGGACGAGGAUGGCAGUGGAGAAAGUGCUUUGGCAAGUAAAAUUCGACGAAGGGAUACUCUUGCUAUCAAACUUGGCAACAGACCAUCUAAGAAAGAACUAGAGGACAAAAACAUCUUGCAGCGUACAUCUGAAGAAGAGAGGCAGGAAAUCCGACAGCAAAUUGGAACCAAGCUAGUCAGGAGGCUUAGCCAGAGGCCCACAACUGAAGAAUUAGAGCAGAGAAAUAUCCUGAAGCAAAAGAAUGAAGAAGAAGAGCAAGAAGCAAAAAUGGAACUUAAACGCAGACUCAGCAGAAAGCUCAGCCUGAGACCCACAGUAGCAGAGCUGCAAGCUCGAAGGAUCCUGCGGUUUAAUGAGUAUGUAGAAGUCACUGAUUCGCCCGACUACGAUCGCCGGGCAGACAAGCCCUGGGCCAGGUUAACGCCUGCGGACAAGGCAGCAAUAAGGAAAGAACUAAAUGAAUUUAAAAGCACAGAAAUGGAGGUUCAUGAAGAGAGUCGACAGUUUACCAGGUUUCAUCGUCCAUAACGAAGUGUGAGACUCUAUGGAAACAGACUGAUCAUCUUUGUGGGAAGCCUCGCUUCCUGAAAACCUGAUAUUGCACUGGGAUUUGAAUGUGUGUGUUUCCGUUUAACUUGUGGUGAAGGAGGCAUGUGGAAAGUGCUCCCGCCCUGUGCAGCCCACGUGGGGCCAACAAGCAAAGGGAAGGGUGGACCCUGCUGUCCAGCACGUGUAUCGAUGGUAAGGGACACCUUGGUUGCACCAGUUAUUCUUCAUCAGGAGUUUUAAUCAGAGAAGAUGAGCAGAAGACAAUCGCUGGUUCCCUGUUGCCAGAAAGCCAAAUUUUUACAGUGCGGGUUAACGAAGAAUGGAGAACAGAGUUUCUGGGCACUGGAAAGGGAUAGGAGUUAGUCAGAAAGAAAAGGAAAUAUUUCAUUAUGUUAAUGAAAAGAGAAAAUUGAAGCAUAAAUGUAUUUUUGAAGUAGGCUGUUGGUAGUUGAGAACUUAUUAAGGAAUUUGGGAAUCUAAUCACCCAAUGUGGAUUUAUUAGAGACCUAAUCCUGGAGGAAUACUCCUGAUUCACCAUUAUAUUGGUACAGUGCAGUACCAUUAUUUUUUUGUUGUGCCAGUGAAUCCAGUUGCCAGAAAUAAGUCUGAGCAUUUUCAUGCAUCUUUUUCUUAAAUGCAAGAGGCUUUUACUGACUCUUAAUAAGCAUGCUUACCCAAAUUUUGUUGCAUGCUUUAAAUAGCAUAGCUAUACACACUUGACUUUUUUUUAAAUAUUUUUUAAUACAGCCUUCCACAAGGAUAACAGGACUGGGAAUAAAGUCAGAUGUGAUGAGACCCUAUACAUCUGUAGCAAGCUUUAGAAGUAAAUCUUUUGGUCUUUCCCUAGCUUGAACAUCUCCUAAGUUGAAACAGUCAUACUUGAUCUAAGGAAAAAAAUAUCGACAAUCAUGGCACCUUUUUAAAAAUUCUGAAUCCAAAGUUAAAACUUAAGCAAAAUGCAAGUGUUCUGCCAGCAGUUAGUGCUGAGUGGGAAUGGAAAAAACUACUUAUUUUCCAUGCUGCAUUAAGUUGGGUUGCUGCUAUUAAAAAAAAAAAGAGCACAUGGUUAAGAAAAAUUAGUCACCCAAAGACUUAACACAAAAUUUCAGCUAGGUUGUAAGUGAGGAAAACCUCAUUUGGUAUUUUUAAGAGCCUGCAGAUUACAUCCAUAAAUCUAUAGCAUUGACUUCCAGUGCAGAAGAAUCAGUGAGAUUAAAGUUAUGAAAGGUUUCCCUAUGAGCCUACAGUCAGUAUUGUUUACAUUAAGAAACCCUCUAUUGUCAUCUUGCUAUUUUCCAUGGAGUCACGGGCGUAGCAUGGCUUCUGCUCCCAAGUGCAUAUGACCGUAUGUAAAUACUGCCUUGCAUUUAGUUGUUCUUUCACAAUUGUUUUGUGCCCCUUUUAUUAAAAACACAUGAGAUGUAUAACAAGACCAGACCUAAAAAGACUUUAUUUUAUUCUCAGAGUUUGAUCUGGGAUUUUUUGAAGUGAUUCUGGUUCGUUACAUGGAAAACUGUAAUUUUCGAUUUCAACCAAAAAGCAGUUGAUCUGGUGGAUAAAUUUGGAUCUUAUUGUCAGUUUAUAUUUUCUUAAAAACCACUUAAAAUUGGAUGAUUUUGCUUAAAAAAAAAUUUAGUCCCAGUUAGCUUAUUACAAAAACCCAGGACCAUUUUACAACUAAGAAGGUGGCCAGCAUUGCUGCCCCACUCGCUGGCUCAGCUCUGUGCAUAGAUAAAGUGAACCUAGAUUUCUGCACUAUUGUCAUUUCAUUGAUAGAAUUAAGACAUAUUUUUACUUUGAAAAAAUUUUUUCUGCAUUCCCAUGUGUCUUUCUCUGGCUAAAGUUUUGUCCAUUUCAUAGUGUUUAAAUCCAGCCACAGACAAUAACUGUGUUCCAAUUUUUUGCUGAAGUCAUGUUUUUCCUUACUGAUAUUGUUUUAUUGUCAUUUUAGUGUCUUGGGAAAAAUACCAAGGAAUAUAAUGUUAUUUUAAUUUUCUAUGCUUAUAAUGUUUGAUCAUUGUUUUGAUUUCUAAUCACAAGGCCUCUAUAAAAAUGGCAAAUAUAAGACAUUUAUCACAAUUUUAUCAUUCAAGUUACAUGUCAUAGAAAGUCUCAAUUUGGUUGAUAAAAGGAACAGUUUUUUUCCCACUAGUGGUACGUGUGAUACAUUUUUUUAUUCCCUACAAUGAGAUGCACCCAGUACAAAAUGAGACUCUGGUCCCUCAAUAUUGUUUUCUUUGUAUGGCAUGUCAGAUUCAUGAGCUAACCAUACUUUUUCUUCUACUGAUUAACAUGCUUAGGGAAAAGUUUAAAAGAGAGAAGUAUAAAAGUCAAAAAUAUUAACCACUACUAGUCUAAUAUUUAAGAAUUCGAACCACUAAUUAUGUUAUGGAAUGAUUCUUUAACAAAAAAGCUGUAGAAGCAAUGGAAGGAUUAUGAGCUAAACUAUAUUUUAGCUGCAGAAUGAAGCUCUAUUUUCAUAGCUGAUUUUAAAAGGCAGAAACACUGCAUAUCCACUGCGGCAGCCCACCUCGAGGUCUCUUUCCCGGCAGCCCUAAAAGGAUGCAGAGAUGUGGACUACCCUCCAUAGAAUUAUGUCUCUGCCUAAUGUCAGCAUUUCUGCAAUCCAGUCAAUAAGCUGCGGCUCUAUAAAAAUAAAUGUGUACAUGAAUUGGAUUGUCGUAGCACACCAGCAGGCUUUUCCCUAUUUAAAGUGUGACGUUAGGCUGACGUAGAAGAAGUAAGUGGGUUUUCCUGAGUCCCCAGGACAUGAUUAAGGAAGAAAACAAAUCCAUCUCCAGAAAGGUCUCAGACAGGAAAGAAUUGGACAGAUUGUAAAAACCAAAGUGGCCACUUCCAUCUUUUUUUAAAUGGAGAAGAACAUAACCAUAAUGUAGUAACGAUACCAUAAGCUUUAUCAGCAUCUUCAUGGUCACUAUCAGUCAGUCUGACCAAACUAGUUCUCUGGUGACUAGCAUUAAUUUCUGCCUGAUAAUUUCCUAUGUGUGUGAAAUGUCUUGCAUUUUUUUGUUGUUCAAUUAGCUUACCUUUAUAUUAAUUCCUAAAAUUAUUUAAAUGAAAUGUGUAAUACUCAGAGAACUAGUGGGGGUAUUUGAACAGCUGUUUUCAAUGGAGGAAAAAGCACACUCAUCCAUCUGAUUUACCCAGAGAAACUGACUUUCUGGUUUCAUUUUCAUAUCAUUUGUUAGCAUACAAUCAAUUAUGCUUCUCUUACAUUAGUAAAUAUAUUCUGUUAGUAGAAAGUUCUGAAAUGUAAACGAAAAUCUACUUAAGGGAGUAGAGGAAUUGAAUAUACCCUUCAAAAAUCAUCAAAUACUGAAAAUGAGACAGAAGUCCUUCAAACCCAUAAUUCAGGUUUUACAACCUGCAGUCAAUUUGGUGCUGCACUGGCACUUAAAAAAAAAAAUACAGUAGCUUACACUUUAAGAACAAUCUGCAUUAACAUUGCAUCUCCUAACCUGUACUGCAUUUUAACACACAAUAGGCAUUGUAUUUAUACUUCAUAGAAUCAGACACAACUUUCACAAAUUAUACUGUAUUCACAGUAGCAAAAAGCAGACUUGUCUACCACAUAAUAGUAUCUCCAUAUUUAGACAGCGAAAGCUCUUCAAAAAUGUCAUUAUUUCUUUAAGUGAUCCCAGCCCCACAUUUCACAGAGUGAGGUGAGAUGGAAUCAAGCUGGUACAAGGUACAUAAACUGAUGUCACUGCAUCCGUAUGGUGGCUUAAACAUUCCUCGAUCCCGUCAUAUUAUUAGGCCUAACCUUACUAGUGAAAGCAUACGCUUUGAGACAAGAAUUGAUUUCUUCACAUCACUAGAGAAUGUUCUGAGCACUAAGGAACCACUAAGAUGCAAUUCAUUUACAAAGUUUUCCCUUGGCCACUUGAAAAUGGCUAAUCUUCCACCGCUGGGUAUUUGAGUGUAUUAUCACAUCGUUUUACUCGACAAGGCAGAGAGAAAUUGUACAGCUGAAAUGUGUCCUAGAGGGGCUUGCAACAGCAAGAGCAAUCAUCCAAUUAAUAGGAUCGUCUUCCUGAGAGAAAGCACAUCUCCAGAUAUUUGAAACCCAAGUUUCCAAAGAGCAGCCUGAGGCUCUACUGGAAUUUGUCAGCGACCAAAGGGCGUCGGGACAAACCACUCUCCUUUUCACUUGCCGUUGACUUUCUGUAAUCAUUAAGCUUAGACUCUUUAUGGAAACACAACGUACCAUGAGCAUUUCUAGAAAACAACCAAAAAAUAGCCCACUUACACUUUUUCAAAGACAGGGUCAUCCCAAAUUAAGAAAUCCUAUUGUAGCCUCUGUAAAAUUUCUGGCAAAAAAAAAAAAAAAAAGAAUCCUGUAAUAGCAGCAAUUCCCACUGAAAUCCAACCCUGUGGGCAAGGAUCAUUUUUAGCUAUGCUAGGAUUUACUGCACAAAAAAUGUCAUUUAGCUUGUCGCAUUGGUAGCAUGGCUGCACAUGUGAGCAAAAGCACUCCAUCAGUGUUUCUCAGUGUGGGUGCUGUUGGCUUUCGGAGCUGGGCUGUUCUUUGUUGUACAGAAGUGUCCCACACAUCGCAAGACGUUUAAUAUCCCAGGCCCCUGCAGACUAAAUGCCAGCAGUAUGCCCAGUCGUUGUAAAUACUGAAAGUAAAAAGCCCUCCCCUGUAUUCGAAUGCCCUUCUAGGAGGGUGGUACCACCUCUUUUUAGUACCACUGUCUACUGCCCUUUGAGGACACGGGGAUAAAGUGUCUGUCUCAAAACGUCAUCUUGACUGCCUUGCAUUCCUUUGGGCCCUGAGUAGUUUCUUCUCUCUUCAUUUUUCUAGCCUUCUGCUUUGAUGUAGUCUUAAUUUGCCAGUUCUCCAUGAAGGAGGUUACUGGGGACUGUUGGGGGUUCCAUGGUCACUUGGUUGGUCCCCAUAUUACUUAAAAGAUUUCACAUGAAACAAACUUUUUUUUUUCUUUUGCCUCACAAUUUUACCUCAGAACUACACUGUUCGUCACAAUCCUUGCCAGUGUCAUGAGGACCAUUGCAUGGCUUAACCACAAACUGGACAGCUAGCAAUCCACAUAAACAAAACUGAUGGUCUAUGAAAAUUAUCAUUAGAUUUCACCUGGUGAGCUACAUCCUGUGAGUUCCCAAGCAACCAAUUGUUUAUCCUACUAAAGAAGCAAUUAAUCUACAUGCCAAUAUUUGAAUUCCCCCUGCAUGAAUACUCAUGCAGUUCAACUUUUCUAAGAUAUGUGAAUACUAAAUUAUGAAGGAAACGUGGGUAAACUGUGGAUUGCAUGCAUAUUGUUCAUACAUCAGCCAUGAUCAUACACAAAACAAGAUGAGUUUUACCUAGGUGAAACAUUAUUAAACUAUACUAACAAUAAUAAACAUACUUACUCUCUUUGUAACAUUUUUGUCACCAAGACUGAGUGAUAAAUAUGUCUUGAAAUUAUUUGGAUGAAUUGUAGCUAAUUGUUUGAAUUCAAAGUUAACCACUAUAAUUUUUUUCAAUAUUAAAAUUUCUAAAUAUCUCUCUUGAAGCGGAGCAACUCAGAGUCGAUAAAGGUGGUUAUAUUGUAAACUUUUUAGAUGGUGCUUAAGAAUUCUUUAAAAUACCAGUUCUUUUUUUUUUAAAGAAUGAUUUGAAGGGAGUACAUGAGGCAGAAUGCCACUCCACCUGCAGGUUAAUUUUGUGGUAUAUUAAAAUGCCAAUGAUAUUUGUGCCACUUGCCAAUUUAGGGGGCUUUUCCCUUACUGGAUGUUUUGUUCGAGUUUGACUAUGUACAUUGCUGACCAAGCCUCCACAAGGAGAAGUCACCAUGGCAAUGCUACCGAGUGUUCAAAAACGAUCUGAAUGAAUCUGGGGUCAAACCACUUUCAUCACUUAAAAUACUGGCACUAAUUUUUCCUUUUAUUUUUUCAAAUUUUUCUUCUGCAGGUUAGGAAUGUGCCAAUAGGUUCAAAACAUUCUGCACCAAUUUCACCAGAUUUAGUACCUACUAAAAACUCAAUCUAGUCACUUUUUUCUAUGUAAUUUUUAAAUAAAGAACUAUAUGCAUUCUUUUGUUAUUUCAAGCUUUGGUGAAAGUGAUUAAGAAUGGUAAGCUGUGCUCAUGAUCAGACUGAAUGAUCCCUGAUUUCCAGUGAGUGAUCUAAUCCUACAUAUUAUACAGGUGUCAUAUCUGUGACUGUAAAUAACUGGAACUAUAUACUGAUUAACACGACGGUUUCUCUUUUUUUGUUGUUCUUAAACCUGUACUGUAUUAUAGUAUGUGGGUAUAAAUAUCUACAAGUAUACACACAUAUGUAUAUGUAAUUCCACUAUUGUAACCUGAAAGAAAGACUAUGUAUUAUCUUUUUUAUUCCGUAUUGGUGUUUGUGUUAUUUAAAAAGCAAAAAUACGCUCUAUUUAGUUGUAUUAUAGGAUACUUUGCUGUGCACAAUUCUAAGUGCCUUAGAACAUUGUUUAGCUUUCUGAAGUAUAUAUAAAUGCAUAUAUGUAUAAAAUUGGGAAAAGUUACCUCAAUAAAAUCAUUGGGAAAU